AUGUCUCGCCUUGACCAGAUCGUUAAAGGCACUCCUGCGCCCAGCGUGCAUAUACCAGAGACCCUCUCGAGAACCCCUUCACCACACCUCCCCAGUGACUCCUCCGAACCAUCGCUUGCGUCUACUCCAGCAGUUGCUUCUGUGAACCCGGAUCCGCUCUCGACCCUCCCCUCCUCGCCGCCGCAGAUCUACUUGAACCUCCUCAUACUCGAGAGCUCUUUGCGCUCACAGUACCUAGCGCUGCGUGCACGAAGGCGACAGAAUACCUUUUUCCUUUUCCUGCUUGCGUUGUGGAUCACAUACUUUUUCUACGCCCUUUUUCUACGGCCGAGGGAGGAUGGGGGUGUAGGCGGCUCUCCCUACUGGAUUGUUGAAAUGGGGGAGAAAAUUGCUCUAAUGGGCGGUGCUGUAACUGGGAUUCUAGUCUGGGGAACAGGACAAUGGGAGAGAGGAGUUCGAUGGCCUCGCCGGUGGCUGGCGGUCGCCAAUAGGGGCCUGAGAGGCUUCAAUGCAAAGGUUGUGGUGAUUCGAGGCCCAUGGUGGAAGGAAUUGAUUCUCUGGUUUUCAUUCUUGUUCCCCUUUUCGGAUCUCUUUCCAACCGUGCCCUCAUUCCACUAUGUUGAGCGACGGCACAGUGGCCUUCACGACCGGCCUAGACGCCAUGCAGCGACUAACCGUUCGCCCUACGAGGAUGAUAGUGAUACGGGGAUUGAAGAGGACCUCUCUCCGGGGGGAGACUACAUACGGCUUCUCUUGUUACCAAAAUCCUUUUCUCCCGCCUUCCGCGAAAAUUGGGACGAAUAUCGCACGGAAUACUGGGAACGUGAGAACGAGCGGCGUGCGCGUCUCCGCGAGAAGACCCAGAGCCGUGAACGCCAUCUGGCGAAGCAAGAGGGUGGCUGGCUGUGGUGGACUAGAUGGCAGGGCUGGAAGCGGAGGCACAGUGGUGCAAAGAUUGGCCGUGACUUGGAGAAGCCGCAUCGCCAUCAACAGCAUGGGCCCCAUAGCCACCGACAUCGGCAGUCGCGUCAGUCUAUUGAUAGGGAUUUAAAACCCCGUCGACCUGUCGAAUCGCAUUCAAGAACCUCGUCUCGUAGCACAACACCAAACCCCUUAUCGGACGCGGACGACAAAACUACGAAUUCGGAUCGCGAGAGGACUCGUCGGCGCCGCAGUAGUGCUACAGCUCCACCCGGCUUUGAGCGGAGUCGGAAAAGUAAAUCGUCCGUAUCAGGCGGGAGUUCUGUUCGAGCCUCAUCCCCUUUAAUGCAGAUUGAGACGCAAGAUGGAAACGCAACUAAACAAGAUAAUGUAAAUGAACUAUAA